CCUCCCCCUCCCCCUCCUUCUCAAAAAUCAUGGCAUUUCGCAGCACAGCAGAUGACUUGAAUCUGCAAUUAUCUGAAGACGAAUCCGAUGAUCUCUGGAACUCGCCUUCCAAGCGUGGAAAUAAUCGGUAUGCCUCUAAAGCGGUCAAGGAGGAGAGCUUGUCACCCGAACCAACAAAAUUCCCUCCCCAUGAUGAUGGAGAGACAAUGUUUGACCGCCAGGAGGCGCGCGAAGCCGCUUUGCGCAGCGAGCUAGAGAGCGUUCGUAAGAUCAAUCAAGUCAUUGAGGGUCUCCUCGGGAGCCUUGACCGUGCCAAAGGGAACAUGGAUACCGUUUCACGAACGCUCGACUCCGCUUCUACCCUCCUGAAUACCUGGACUCGGAUUCUCUCCCAGACCGAGCACAAUCAGCGUUUGAUUCUCAACCCGAACUGGCAAGGCGCGGUUCAAGAUGUGGCCGACUCGGAACACGAGGAACUUCUCCGGCAGCAGGCUGCCGAGAGACGCGAACGAGAGCUUCAACAACAGCGAGAAGCUGCUGCCCGCAAGGCUGCGGAAGACGAGAGAAAGAGAGCCGCCGCUGCCAGCGCCAGAGGCACCCGCGGGUCGAGUUAUGGAAGAGUGCGCGGUGGCUUGGGAAGAACUCCUGGCAUCUCAUACUCGGGCACACGACCUGGCGCCACACGGACCAUGGCGUCUUCAACCACAACGGGGAGACCACCUGCGACUAGUACGACACGUAGACCGGCCAGUGGGAUUGCGAGGGGCUCGGGCAUUGCGCGUGGUCGCGGCCGGGCCUAAAAUAGUAAAUAUGGCAUGACGAUUGUGGAUGAGACAUGUAUAGUAUGAGACCAAUGAAGGAGGCACUAAAAUACUGUGGUUACUAUGAUACCCCCCAUGAGAAGACAAAUUUCGCAAAUCCAAUUACCAC